UGCUGUAAACCUCACCCAAAUAACAGAUUUAAUGUGACAGCUAAUAAGACUGCAGUGCUUGAGAGGUUUCAAUUUGGCCCACUACUGUUUUAUUGCAGAACAAAAUGGAGAGACUGCAAUAAAUUGUGGGAGUCAAACACGGUUGUGUUGACAGAGCAAGUUAGCUACACGUGAAGAUAAGACUGUGCAACCACUACAAAUUCUGAAUUAAAGGCCAGUCUAGUAUUGUGAAGAUGCCAAAGCCAGCAGAAGGAACAGGCGUGGCAAUUAGGAAGAGAUCCAGAGUGCCUGGUGUUAUGGUCACACAAUACGUUGAAGAACUGCCACCUGGAUCUACUACUCCUGAUUUCAUCCGAAAACCCAUAGCCUUAACUAUACAGGAAGGCAAACUGGCCUUUUUCAAAGCUGUUGUGAGUGGAUAUCCAGUACCAGAUGUUUCAUGGGCACGUAACAAGGGAGAUAUCUCUAAUUCAACAAAAUAUGUUUCACGAUUUGAUGAGAAGAAUGAACAAUAUAUUCUGGAGAUACCAAAUGUAGAUUCGGAUCAAGCAGACACAUACAAAUGUUUUGCUAUAAAUCCAUUUGGAAAGGCGGUUUGUACUGCUGCACUGAAUGUCAUUGAGGUUGGAUUCAAGAAAAGAGCGCCAGCCCCCAAAAGUGACCCUGAUGAGUUCAGAAAAAUGCUGAAGAAAACGGUUGGGAAGAGAAAAGAAAAACAAUGGAAUGAAGGAGAAAUCGAUCCGAGGUUCUGGGAGGUGUUAUUGAGUGCACCCAGGAAAGAUUAUGAACGGAUUUGUCAGGAAUUUGGAGUCACCGACUUCAGGUGGAUGCUGAGAAAACUUAACCAGAAGAAAAAGGAAAGAGAGGCAGAACAGUCCAAGUAUGUUGAGAAAAUCCACAGCUUGAAACAGAUCGAGGUAAAAACGGAUGGCACAGCAGAAUUUGAACUCGACAUGAAGUUAAAGGAUCCUAACAGCAAAAUCCUUCUCUUCAAAGAUGGGGAAAUGCUUGACUAUGGAGAUGGAACUGAUGAGGCCACAAAACAUAAUAUGCAGAAAUUUGGUGAAACAUACUUGUUCAGCAUUAGAGAUGUUGGCCCAGAAGAUGCUGGGUUAUAUCAAGUGGAUGUAGAGGAGGUGAACAUGUUCUCAACUUCCCUAGUGUUGCCUGAUGUGGAGUUAAAUACCACACUGAAAGACACUAAAGUGAUUGAGGGGCAGGAUGCGGUGUUUGAAUGUGCUUUAUCGGACCCUGUACCCCAAAUCACCUGGUGUGCUAAUGACAUCUCUGUUGAGCAUGGGGAAAAAUAUGACAUUGCAGUGUCAGAAGACAAGCAAGUCCACAAACUAGCAGUGAAAAACUGUACAAAAGAGGACAAGGGAGUCUAUACGGCUAUUGCUGGGCUCAGGUCAAGCCAGGGGACUCUGGAUGUGGAAGAUGAUCCCAGUGUCCGCGGGAAAGAUGAUGGUGCAGAUGAACUAGCCAGACGUUUAGCAGAAGAGAAAGCCAGACUGCAGAGGGAAAAGGACGAGGCGGCCAGGAGGGCACAGGCUGAAAAAGAUGAAGCAGCCAGGAAGGCCCAGGCUGAAAGAGAUGAGGCAGCGAGGAAGGCCCAGGCUGAAAAAGAUGAAGCGGCCAGGAGGGCCCAGUCUGAAAGAGAUGAGGCAGUCAGAAGGGUUCAGGCCGAACAAGAUGAGGUGGCUAGGAGGGCAAAGGCAGAGCGAGAUGAGGCAGCCAGAAAAGCUUGGGAAGAACUAGAUGAGGCGGCCAGGAGGGCCCAAGCUGAAAGAGAUGAGGCGGCCAGGAAGGCCAAGGCCGAGAGAGAAGCUGCUGAACGGAUGGCAGCUAUGGCAGCAGGAAAAGGCAGUGGAGGAUCUAGCCUGGGAGAUGGGAGUGAGGGUGAUGGAACGGGGAAGAACGGAAAAGGAGGAGAUGGUACCUUGGUAAAUGGGUUGGGAGAUGGGAGUGGAAGUCAUGGAAAAGGUGAUGGAUUGGAUUUAGAUGGAUCAGGUAGAGACGGGUCAGGUGAUAAGAAGCGUACAAGAGUCGGUGAGCUGAUUCCUAACAACAUCAUAGACCAUGGAGUCCACUUCCUGAACGGGUUGUCAGAUACUGCAGCCAAUGUUGGAGAAUCAACAGAGUUGUCCUGCAAACUUAGCAGUGAAGAUAGCAAUGGAUUAUGGUACAAAGAUGGAAAAAAGUUGGAGUCAAAGGAUGGAAUUACAAUUGUCAAAGAUGGGGCUCACCACAAACUAAUCAUCCAUGACUGCCAAGAAAGAGAUGCUGGAAAAUAUAAGUUUGAGGCUGAAGGACAUAAAUCAGAGGCUGCACUAAAUGUUAAGGAUCCACCCAAAAUUAAUGCAGAUGCCUUGAGUAAAUUCUUAGAGCCUGUUAUUGUCAAAGCAGGAGAAAAUGCUUCCUUCAAACUACCAUUUUCAGGCAAAGAACCAAUUAAGAUUCAGUGGUUUAAAGAGAACGAAGAGUUGCUGGAGGGUCACGGUGUCAGGAUCGAAAAGUCUUCCACUCAUAGCCGUCUACUUCUUACUAAGUGUCAGCGCAAAGACACUGGAGAGAUAAAAAUCAAAAUCAAGAAUGAAUUUGCCACUGUAGAGGCAACUUCCAAACUUACAGUACUUGACAGGCCAACUCCACCACAAGGACCUGUAGAAAUCGUAGAAAGUUCCUUGUCUGCCAUUGAGUUUAAAUGGAGGCCCCCAAAGGAUAAUGGUGGUUGUCCAGUGACUAAUUACAACCUGGAGCGACAGCAGCUGGGACGGAACACCUGGACUAAAAUCGGAGACAUUCCUGGACAGCCUACCUACAGAGACACAAACAUAGAUCGUGGCCGAAAGUACUGCUACAGAAUCCGGGCAAAAAACUUGGAGGGCUUCAGUGAAGUCUUGACAACUAAUGAUAUUGCUGCUGGCACUUUGGCGUUCCCUGGCUCUCCUGCUCCUCCUAAAAUAGUCAGUGCCUUUAAAGACUGCAUUAACUUGGCCUGGCUUUCUCCCUCCAGCACUGGAGGGGGCAGUAUCAUUGGAUAUAAUGUUGAAAAACGCAAAAAAGGUAGCAAUUUUUGGAGUCAAGCAAACCCAAAAGAUGAUCCAAUCCGAGACAAAAAAUAUGCAGUAAAAGAUGUAAUCGAAGGUGUGGAGUAUGAGUUCAGAGUGAGCGCUAUUAACACAUGCGGGCCUGGGGAACCAAGUGGGCCGUCUGAAUGUGCAAUUGCAAGGGACCCCAAAAAGCCUCCUGGUAAGGUCAAAGACCUCAAAAUUACUGGAUCGAGCUACACCAGUCUAUCUCUUUCUUGGACUAAACCUAAGGAAGUCAAAGGUGAGGAAGAUGAAGCAAAAGGCUAUUUUGUGGAAAUCAGACCCACAGACCAACUUGAGUGGAGCCGUUGCAAUACAAACGCAGUGAUUCAGACUUCCUUCACUGCUGUGGGAUUGAAAUCAAUGGCCAUGUAUUGGGUUAGAGUGAUCGCCGUCAAUGAAGGAGGAGAGGGGCUUCCACAGAGCUUUGACAAUUACAUCAUUGCCAUGCCUCCUCCAGUAAAGCCAAAGUUCACUGACAAAAAAAUGAAAAGUUUCAUGGUUGUUAAAGCUGGAAACACUGUUCGUGUCAGCGUCAGUUUUGAGGCCUCUCCUUUACCAGACAUAACAUGGCUAAAGAAUGGUGUUCCUGUAGCCAAACAUGUGACAAUUACUAAUUUUGAAAAAGGUUCUCAGCUAUUUAUUUACACCUCAGAGCUGUCUGACACUGGCAUUUAUACUGUCAAUGUGAAGAAUAUGGUGGGCCAGGACACCUUCACUAUUGAAAUAAGAGUCAAUGAUGAUCCCAAGCCUCCAGGUCCUGUAGAACUGGAACAGCAUGUCCAAGGCACUGUGACUCUGUCAUGGACUCCUUCUCCCGAUGAGAAACGAGACAACCAUCUGCAUUACAUGGUGAUGAAGCGGGACUCUGUCAAGCAAACAUGGCUUACACUGGUUGACUGCUUGUUCAACAACAAAUUCACAGUCAUUAACAUCUUGCCAGGAAGAGAGUACAAUUUCAGAGUGUUUGCCAAGAAUGAUAUAGGUCUCUCAGAGCCCUCAGUGUCUCCAGUUUGGGGAACCACCAAAAAAAGAGAAAAAAUCACAUAUAGCAUGCCUGCAUCAAAGACCCUCGACUUCCAGGCAGCCCCAAAAUUUAUUGUCCCUUUGAAACUUCACGCUGCUCUGCCAGGUUAUGAGUGCUAUAUGAGCUGUGCUGUGACGGGCAACCCAACCCCACAUAUUACCUGGUACCAUAAUAAUGUCAGCCUCAACACAAACCCCAACUACUACAUCACAAACGUGUGUGGUGUUUGUUCACUGCUCAUCCUGAGGGUUGGACCCAAAGACAUGGGAGAGUACAAGGUUGUAGCCGAAAGCCCCCUUGGUCAUGAUGAGUGCUCCACCAAACUUAUAGUCAAAGAGUAAAGAAACUUCAAACAACACAGUUUGUGAUCAUAUUUCUUGAAAGUGAAAUAAAUGUAAUAAUUUAUGUGAUCUUAAAUAAAAAAUAAAAUAAAAAGA